AUGGCUAAUUCAGAAGAACAAUUAAACGUGCUGGAAAAUGGCUUCGCAAUUAGUCACGUCGCAGUGCGUAUUCCGCCAUUUAUCCCGAACGAUCCAGAACUAUGGUUUUCGAUGGUCGAAGAGAACUUUACAACAGCCGGUGUGACAAAGGAUGCGACCAAAUUUGGGUACAUUACCGGAGUGUUAGAACCGCGGUAUGCGUUAGAAGUGCGCGAUAUAAUAGUGAACAAACCCACGACCAACGCGUACGGUGUGUUAAAAUCUGAACUCAUAAAACGCCUCAGCACGUCCCAAGAGCAAAAGACGCGGCGCCUGCUAGAAUUGGAAGAAAUGGGCGGCAGGAANUUUCCCUUCGAUAUCAUUAUAAGCGGAUUCUACUUUAAGGUACUUGUCAAAUACAUAGGACGAUUAAUGACUAAUCAACGUCGUUUGAAAUUAUUAUCAGUUACUCUCAUUCUGUGUCAAUCAUGGGGUGACAAUGCUACAGAAGUAAGUGAUAAUGAGCAAGUCGAUAUUCCCAUUAGAAAAUGCAGAGAAAGAGAUCGACUAACCGCUAGUGACGACGAAGAUUAUUUCUCUCUGGUUGAUGUUCCUAUCGGAAAGACUUUUGUACUUCAGUGCCAUUUUUGCGGGGAAAAUGAUGAUAAAGAGCCCAAAGUUUGGUACAAGCAGAAGACCAUUCAGAACUCCAAACCUGAAGAGGUCGCCCUUGACAUGGACAACAACAUUACACGCAGUAGGGUCCAUGUCAAUUUGGAACACAGUCUUACAAUUAGAAAUGUAACUUCUGAAGACUCAGGAUUGUACUUGUGCGAGGGUACCGAAGGUCAAGAAAGCGAACAGAAAUUCAAUUAUUAUGUGGACAUCGUCUACGAACAAAAUGCCUCUGUGGAAACAGGGGAUGAAGAGGUUUGGAGGAAGUAUCACGAAGAAAAUUUGUAUCCUAUAAACAAACUCUUCAGGGCAUCGUCUGGUUCUGAGUUUGUUCGCCUUCGAGAAGAGGUAGGAUUAACGGUAGAGUUAUUUACAGACUGGGAUUCCUGGACUCCCUGUGACGCUUGCGGUAAACCCGUUGGUAAAGGAAUUACACAAAGGGAGGGCUAUUGCAGGAUAAAAAUCAUCCCCAUCAACAAAAAUACAGCCCUAUCAAAAUGUCGUAAUGAAGCAGAGAAGAACUUAAUUAACAUGAACAGGGUGUCUUGUUCGUCCUCGGCCUUCUUCACUUUUUAUCCUUAUAUAGGAAGUCUUACUAGGGUGCUUCCGGAUUUCCGAGAAAUAAAAUUUUGCAAAGGAACAUGCAAAGUAGGCAGUUCCGUGAGUGGCUGGAAGAGUGGUAAAAUAAAAUCGUUCAAGUACCGGAAAACGUAUGUCCUUGUUCAAGGAUCGCACUUGACCAUGGUGUGUCCCGAAGCGACCUCAGAGAACAUCAUUUUGUGGAAGCGCAAUGGAAAAAGGUUACCUCUCGGUGACAGCGUACCGCCUCCAGGCCCAGACGAAGAACCUCAUAUUACGGUUGACACGUUUGGGACCCUGUACCUCCGGGAAGUGACUUCUUCAGAAGAAGGAAACUACACCUGCCGGGUGGACAAUAUUAGAAUGCAACAGGUGUUGGUUUUCGUGAUUUCCAAGAGCAAACUUUUGACGGAUGCCCUUGUGAGACAUUUGAUCUAUUUGGGCAUUGUGUUGAGCCUCACAGUCAGCUGUUACUGUGCUGGUUUGGUGGUCGUCUUCAGGGACAGGAAGAAUUUCAAAACGUACGAAGAACUGAAGAAGGAAAAUGAAAAGAGGAAGAGACUGCUGACAGGACGAAGUCUGGACAUGGUGCAUGAUGAAUAUGAUGAAAACCAGGAGACAAAGUCGUUUCUUUCUGAUUUAAAUGAAGUUUGA